AUGGAUGCAAAUAUCACUAGUUCUUGUGAGGGAAUGAGUAUUCAAGACUUGAAUUUUAGUGAUGAUGAGAAAUCUCCUAUAGUUGAUGAAGGAUAUGGGGUUUCAAAUGAUCAGUUUGAAGAGGAUAUAAAUUGCGAGGUAGAUCCAAAAAUUGGAAUGACAUUUGACACAACAAAAGAAGCAUAUGAUUUCUAUAAUACAUAUGCAAGGCGAGUUGGCUUCAGUGUUAGGAUAUUAAGAACAAACAAGAAUAGAUCUGACAAAAAUAAAAUCCAACGGCAAGCACUAGUUUGUUCAUGUGAGGGCACUUCCAAAAAAAUCAAGACACCUGAAAAAAAAAGAGAUAUUCGGCGAUUUGACUGUAAGGCAAAAUUUGUGAUUAAACUGGUUCCCGACGAUAAGUAUAGACUAAUUGAGUUCAAAUCGGAGCAUACUCAUGAUCUUGUCCCACUUCAGCAUUCCCAUUAUUUGAGGUCUCAAAGGAAAAUCGAUUUUUCACAAGCUGAACUUAUGAAGAAAAUGCGUUCCUUUGGAAUAAAACAAGGACAAAUUUUCUCCUACAUGUGUGAAGAAGCUGGUGGAGCCCAAAACCUGAAUUUCACAAAAGCUGAUUGUAACAAUUUAUUGCAAAGAACACGGGCUAAAUUUUUCAAGAUGGGUGAUGCCGAAUGUCUCCUUGAAUACUUCAAACAAAAGAAAGGGGAAAACAAACAUUUUUUUUACUCUUUUCGAACCCAUGAAGAUGGUGAGAUAUGCGGUGUAUUUUUUUGUGAUGCAAAAUCGAGACGAGAUUAUGGGAUAUUUGGUGAUGCGAUAUGUUUCGAUACAACAUUUCGAACAAACAAUUAUGAUAUGUUAUGUGCACCAAUUGUUGGCAUCAACCAUCAUGGGCAAACAUCACUUUUUGGGUGCGGUCUACUAGAUGGUGAAACAAUUGAUGCGGUAAUGUGGUUGUUUACUACUUUCUUCGAGGCUAUGGGAGGAAAAAAACCGAAAAGCAUAUUUACAGAUCAGUCUGCAGCUAUAUCAAGUGUUGUUGAUACGGUAUUGCCUGAAGCCCACCAUGGAUUGUGCUUGUGGCAUUUAUGUCAAAAUGCUGCAAAGAAUUUGAGUAAUAAUGGAUAUAAAACAUUUGCACCACAAUUCAAAGCUUGUAUUUACAAUCCAGAAACAGUUGAAGAAUUUGAACAAAGUUGGGACAAAUUGCUUGAAGAUAAUGGGCUAAGAGAGAAGUGA